UCCCUGAGCCGGGCGGGGGGCGGCGGCACCAUGUGGAGCGGCCGCAGCUCCUUCACGAGCCUGGUGGUGGGCGUGUUCGUGGUGUAUGUGGUGCACACCUGCUGGGUCAUGUACGGCAUCGUGUACACCCGCCCGUGCGCCGACGACGGCCACUGCAUCCAGCCCUACCUGGCGCGGAGGCCCAAGCUGCAGCUGAGUGUGUAUACCACCACACGGUCCAACCUCGGUGCUGAGAACAACAUCGACCUGGUGUUAAAUGUGGAAGACUUUGAUGUGGAGUCCAAAUUUGAAAGGACAGUUAAUGUUUCUGUACCAAAGAAAACAAGGAAUAAUGGGACACUGUAUGCCUACAUCUUCCUCCAUCAUGCUGGGAUUCUGCCUUGGCACGAUGGGAAGCAGGUGCACCUAGUAAGUCCUCUCACCACCUACAUGGUCCCCAAACCCGAAGAGAUCAAUCUCCUCACCGGGGAAUCUGCUACGCAGCAAAUCGAAGCUGAAAAGAAGCAGACCAAUGCCUUGGAUGAGCCCGUUUCUCACUGGCGGCCACGGCUGACGCUGAACGUGAUGGUGGAUGACUUUGUCUUUGACGGGUCCUCUCUCCCUGCUGAUGUGCAUCGAUACAUGAAGAUGAUCCAGUUAGGAAAGACUGUCCACUACCUCCCCAUCCUGUUCAUCGAUCAGCUGAGCAACCGAGUGAAGGAUUUGAUGGUUAUAAACCGCUCGACCACGGAGCUGCCGCUCACGGUGUCCUACGACAAGAUCUCACUGGGCAAGCUGCGCUUCUGGAUCCACAUGCAGGACGCUGUCUACUCCCUGCAGCAGUUUGGGUUUUCAGAGAAAGAUGCUGAUGAAGUGAAAGGAAUUUUUGUAGACACCAACUUGUAUUUCCUAGCUUUGACCUUCUUUGUUGCAGCAUUUCACCUCCUCUUUGAUUUCCUGGCAUUUAAAAACGACAUCAGUUUCUGGAAGAAAAAGAAGAGCAUGAUUGGAAUGUCCACCAAAGCAGUGCUCUGGCGCUGCUUCAGCACCGUGGUGAUAUUCCUUUUCCUUCUGGAUGAGCAGACCAGUCUACUAGUGCUGAUCCCAGCGGGCAUCGGAGCAGCCAUUGAACUAUGGAAAGUGAAAAAGGCAUUGAAAAUGACUAUUGUUUGGAGAGGUCUCAGGCCUGAAUUUCAGUUUGGCACUUACAGUGAAUCGGAAAGGAAAACUGAGGAAUACGAUACUCAGGCCAUGAAAUACCUGUCUUACCUGCUGUACCCUCUCUGCAUCGGUGGCGCCGUCUAUUCACUCCUAAACAUCAAGUAUAAAAGUUGGUAUUCCUGGCUGAUCAACAGCUUCGUCAACGGAGUGUAUGCCUUCGGCUUUCUCUUCAUGUUACCCCAGCUCUUUGUGAACUACAAGAUGAAGUCGGUGGCACAUCUACCCUGGAAGGCGUUUACCUACAAGGCUUUCAAUACCUUCAUUGAUGACGUCUUUGCCUUUAUCAUCACCAUGCCCACCUCACACCGGCUGGCGUGCUUCCGGGACGACGUGGUGUUCCUCGUUUACCUUUACCAAAGAUGGCUUUAUCCUGUGGAUAAGAGCAGAGUAAACGAGUUUGGAGAGUCUUACGAAGAAAAGGCCACAUGGAAAGCCCACACAGACUGAACGUCAAAAGACUCUGGAGACGCGCGCUCCUGGACCGCCACUGGCUGUGCGUGUGCAAUUUUGAUUUUUCGUGAAGCAAAGAACAAGGUUUUGAUUGUCAGUGUACUGAGUAUUGUUGGAAGCUGGACAUUACAUCCUCUUUGUUGCCAAAAGCUCUGUGGACGUUUCUCGCAGCUCUCCUGCCUCCCCUUUACGUGAAAGAGCUGUUAGCGCAUCCUGUGCCUCACAGCCGCGCAGACAGCUUACCGUCUGUCCUGCUGACAGGGCAGCUCACAGCCGCGCAGACAGCUUACCGUCUGUCCUACUGACAGGGCAGCUGGCUGCUGUGAGGGUGCCGUGCUGGCGUGUGCCGGUGUGUGCGGGUGGCGGGCUUGGCCAGCACUCGCAGGGCCCCAACCCUCUGCAGGUGGCCGAGCCCGGGAGCUCCACCAGCGAGCGUCGUCCAGCAGGCGCCAGGAGGACGUUGGGUUCCCAUUUCAAGCUGUUUGUUUUUUUUACCUACUCCUCAUGUGAACUUCAGUGCCCACCUACGUUCAUUCCAUAGGGACUCUCUGGGAUCAAAUAGCUUUUUGCUCUUUUGUUUUAAAAUUUUGAUUAUUUUAAAGCUUAGUGUAUGUAUGUUUCUAUUUUAAAAUAAACUUCUCUGGCUGUAAGAUUUUUCUUCACCUGGUAAAAUGUGGGAGAUAUUUCAGACGUGUAACCCUUUUCCUCAAAAUUAACAUGUUUUAAAAGAAUGAAAUUUUUUAAAUCUCUUCCACGCUUUUAAAUCAUGAAUGUUCUUAAACAUUUGUAUCUAGUUCUUCCUAAAGUAUUCACAAAAUAUUCCAGAAUAUUAUGCACAGGCGUGGUUUUUCACUUAGGUAGGACUACAUUAUCAUACAGCGAAACCUGUGAGGGGCCAAACCCGACAGGGCUGCCUUGUUUUCCAGGUCUCGCAAGUUUCCCGCCUUUGACAGGGUGCAGUCUUACCGUUUUUCUGUCACUCUCUGUUAUGGAAAAUAUUUGUCUUCCUUUUCUGACAAGUUUCUGCCUUACACAGGUUCUGGCUUCCACAGGUUUUACUGCACAGUCAGGACUGGCCAGAUUAAUUGUAUUUUUGUUUGAGAAAUGCCCUAGAUUGAAGUAGAGAGAUUCAGAGGGAGAUGUAGCGUAGGAAAGUGUCUCUUCAAAAACGGUAUGGUAGGGCAGGAUUCAGUGAGUAACGAAGUUUAAUAACG